AUGGCUCGGGACCGGGACAGAGAAGAGGAGCGCGACCGGGCCUCGAGCCCUAGCAAGCGACGGCGCUUGAACUUUGCUCCCAACCCGCUGCGCAACGACGACCGCUUCGGCCCUCUCCCGUCCCGCGGCGGCGCUGCGUCGCGACCGCACCACAGCCACGGCCGCGACCGCGAUCAGCCCUACCGGAACCCAGACGUCGUGCCGCCCGAGGCCGGCCUGCCCGACGAGGAGAAUGCCGCCCUCGACCGCGACUGGUACACGGGCGACGAGUUCGGCCACACCUUUGGCGACGACUCGCACAACCCCUUCGGCUCCUUUGACGCCUCGUGGGCCGAGAAGGAGGAGCGCGAGAAGCAGCUGAUCGAGAGGAAGGCCGGGCGCGUCGACCGCAUGAGCGCGCGCGCCAUGCAGAAGCAGCGCGACGUCGACGCCUGGGAGACGAACCGCAUGCUGACCUCGGGCGUCGCCCAGCGCCGCGACAUGGGCGACGACUUUGCCGACGACGACGAGGGCACCCGCGUCCACCUGCUCGUGCACGAGCUGCGCCCGCCCUUCCUCGACGGCAAGACCGUCUUCACCAAGCAGCUCGAGCCCGUGCCCGCCGUGCGCGACUACCAGAGCGACAUGGCCGUCUUCAGCCGCAAGGGCAGCAAGGUCGUCAAGGAGCGGCGGCAGCAGCGGGAGCGCCAGAAGCAGGCGCAGGAGGCCGUCAACAUGGCCGGCACCGCGCUCGGCAACCUGAUGGGCAUCAAGGACGACGAGGUCGACAGCGCGCUCGGCCCGGACGAGAAGGACGGCGCGGACAAGGUCGGGGAGAAGUCGAACAAGUUCAGCGAGCACCUGAAGAAGAACGAGGGGGCCAGCAACUUCAGCCAGAGCAAGUCAUUACGAGAGCAGCGCGAGUUUCUGCCUGCAUUCGCGGUCCGGGAGGAUUUGAUGCGGGUGAUACGCGACAACCAGGUCAUCAUCGUGGUCGGAGAGACUGGGUCCGGCAAGACGACGCAGCUUACGCAGUUCCUGUACGAGGACGGUUACGGCGAGCUAGGCAUGAUCGGGUGCACCCAGCCCAGGAGAGUGGCUGCCAUGAGUGUUGCAAAGCGUGUGAGCGAGGAGAUGGAGGUCAAGCUCGGCAGCACCGUCGGCUAUGCGAUUCGGUUCGAGGACUGCACCAGCAAGGAGACGCUCAUCAAGUACAUGACCGAUGGUGUGCUGUUGCGAGAGUCCCUCAACGAGCCCGACCUCGACCGAUACUCUUGCGUCAUCAUGGACGAGGCCCACGAGAGAGCUCUAAAUACCGACGUGCUGAUGGGCUUGUUCAAGAAGAUCCUGCAGCGGCGGCGGGACCUGAAGCUGAUCGUGACCUCAGCCACCAUGAACUCGAAGCGCUUCUCCGACUUCUUUGGCGGUGCGCCUGAAUUCAUCAUUCCGGGCCGGACGUUCCCCGUCGACGUCAUGUUCCACCGAUCGCCCGUCGAGGACUACGUGGAUCAGGCUGUUCACCAGACCCUCUCCAUCCACGUCUCGAUGGGCCAGGGAGAUAUCCUCGUCUUCAUGACCGGUCAGGAGGAUAUCGAGGCGACUUGUGAGCUCCUGAGGGAGAGAUUAGACGCACUGAACAACCCGCCCAAGCUCAGCAUCCUACCGAUCUACAGUCAAAUGCCUGCGGAUCUCCAGGCCAAGAUUUUCGACAGAGCGGCACCCGGCGUGCGCAAGUGCAUCGUCGCGACCAACAUUGCCGAGACCAGUCUGACGGUCGACGGUAUCAUGUACGUCGUCGACGCGGGCUACUCAAAACUCAAGGUGUACAACCCAAAGAUGGGAAUGGACACGCUGCAGAUCACACCAAUCUCGCAGGCCAACGCCUCGCAACGGUCUGGUCGUGCUGGCCGGACAGGACCCGGCAAGGCUUUCCGUCUCUACACCGAGAAGGCCUUCAAGGACGAGCUCUACAUCCAGACCAUCCCCGAGAUCCAGAGGACCAACCUGAGCAACACGAUCCUGCUCAUCAAGUCCCUCGGCGUCAAGGACCUGCUCGACUUUGACUUUAUGGACCCGCCGCCCCAAGAGACCAUCACGACGUCCCUCUUCGACCUGUGGGCCCUCGGCGCCCUCGACAACAUGGGCGAGCUGACCGACCUGGGCCGCAGCAUGAACUUCUUCCCCAUGGACCCGUCGCUGGCCAAGCUGCUCAUCACGGCCGUCGAGUACGGCUGCAGCGAGGAGAUGAUCACCAUCGUCUCGAUGCUCUCGGUGCCCAACGUCUUCUACCGGCCCAAGGAGCGCCAGGACGAGUCGGACGCGGCGCGCGAGAAGUUCUUCGUGCCCGAAUCCGACCACCUGACCUACCUGCACGUCUACACGCAGUGGAAGGCCAACGGCUACUCGGACGGCUGGUGCGUGCGCCACUUCCUGCACUCCAAGUCGCUCCGCCGCGCCAAGGAGGUGCGCGAGCAGCUCGUCGACAUCAUGAAGGCGCAGAAGAUGGACAUGGUCAGCUGCGGCACCGACUGGGACGUCGUGCGCAAGUGCAUCUGCUCCGGGUACUACCACCAGGCCGCCAAGGUCAAGGGCAUCGGCGAGUACAUCAACCUGCGCACGAGCGUGACGGUGCAGCUGCACCCGACGUCGGCGCUGUACGGCCUCGGCUUCCUGCCGGACUACGUCGUCUACCACGAGCUGAUCCUGACGUCCAAGUCGUACAUGUCGACGGUGACGUCGGUGGACCCGCACUGGCUGGCGGACCUCGGCGGCGUCUUCUUCUCCGUGAAGGAGAAGGGCUACUCGGCGCGCGACCGGCGCGUCGUCGAGACCGAGUUCAACCGCAAGAUGGAGAUCGAGGCGCAGAUGGCCGAGGACAAGCGGCGGCACGACGAGAAGGUGCGGGCCGCCGAGGGCGAGGGGCCGACGGCCAAGAAGCACGACGCCGGGGUCAAGAAGGUCGUCACGCAGGGGUCCGUAAGGAGGCCAGUGGUCAAGAAGCGCGGGAGGGGGUUCUGA